CCUUGAGCACGCGCAGGCGUAAAAAGUUACUGUUGCUACCCGCACCAGGAAGACAAGGGGAUUUAAAAACCUGCCUGAGAAAAAUUAGAAAGGUUUGAAAUUGACCACGGUGUUAAACGGAGAAUCAUAUCAACAAUCAUUUUGGGUUACAAUCUAAGCUAUCCGUUUAGAAUACUUACCUGGUCGUGAGUAUGUGAAAGGUUGUUUACUAAUGUUAACUAACUAAAUUAGCUAGGGCUGUCUCGCGCAACGACGGAUGGUGGUGUGCGAGUUAUCAAGCCAGCGAUCUAAUGUGAGCUUGCUAACAAGUUGCUUAGCAAAUUGUUGUCCACGAAGCUAGCUAGUUGCCAUGCUAACUUGUCUAAGUAGAAUGUAUAGAGGGCAGUCUAGGCAUAAUGCAAUCAAUUAUUGCUCACAUUUAUCCCGUUUAGCUUGCUAGCGAGUCUGCACGUGACUACUCCUUUUGGAAUGUUGGAUCGCGUCAAACAAUAAUAAAGCAGAAGUAGCUAGCCUACUCUUCCGUGCUUACAAUUUAGUUGUGCGACCAGUGUUCACAUUCAAUCUAACGUUAAUUUGUGGACUCUGCUAUCAAGAAAAGCACCUUGACCUAGCGAUAAUUUUGUACAGCGGAUCUAGCUAUAUCUAAUUGUUUUGGAACUAGGUAGCGGUUGGCUAAUAAUGGGGCCCCGACAUAGUUAGCCAACUGAUAAUAAUCAUGGGAGGAUGUGUUGGGCGAGAACGUGAGGACACACAGGACCACGGAGCAUCCAGAAGCAGUGGAAGAGCACACCGAAAACGUGGAAGACACAAAUGGACACGAGUUACUUCCUGUUACCCCUCUACCAGUACAGAAAAAAUGUAUGCUCACUACUGUCGCAAUGAGCCCCUGAAGAAGGACAAGCCCAAGUGGAAGAGUGACUAUCCCAUGACGGAGGGCCAGCUCCGCAGUAAGAGGGAUGAGUUCUGGGACACAGCCCCGGCCUUCGAGGGCCGAAAGGAGAUCUGGGACGCUCUGAAGGCAGCCACCGUCGCCCUGGAGUGCAACGACCACGAGCUGGCUCAGGCCAUAGUGGACGGAGCCAGCAUCACACUGCCUCACGGCUCCCUGACAGAGUGUUAUGAUGAGCUGGGUAGCCGCUACCAGCUACCCGUCUACUGCCUGGCCCCUCCGGUCAAUCUGAUCUCUGAGCGCAGCGACGAGGACCCCGGCGACAGCCCCGAGCCCACAGCCGCCCCCAAGAAGGAGUUCCAGCUCAAGGUGCGCCUCUCCACGGGCAAGGACCUGCGCCUCAGCGCCAGCAUGGGCGACUCCAUCGGGCAGCUGAAGAAGCAGCUGCAGGCCCAGGAGGACAUCGACACGGCCCACCAGCGCUGGUUCUUCUCAGGCAAGCUGCUCACGGACAAGACCCGCCUGCAGGACACUAAGAUCCAGAAGGACUUUGUUAUCCAGGUCAUCGUCAACCCGCAGGCCCCCAUUAACUAGGUCCCAGAUGAAAGGAGGAUUGACGGAGGAGCCCUGGAUAAUGGUUUUACCGCUGAUCUGUAAAACAGAGAGGUGAUUUGGGGAAUUACAGUUAAGAGAUGAACAACAGAAGGGAGAGACUCUGAAGUGCUGCUUUUCAAUGUUUCAUUGUUUACCAUUAAAGAGUGUGGUUCUUUUCAGUGUGUCACUUCUCUAUAGGACGGUUGGUUGAUCGAUCCAGACGUUUCAGACCACUCACCCUAAGGGGUGUUCACUGUCACUCACCACACUAACUUUGGAGUAAAUCAUAGCAGAAUUGCCCUCCAGAUGUGAGACACUGCAGGUGUGCACCGCACGGCAUGUGCAAGGGGUCUGCGUCUGCACUAACCAGGUGCCAAUUGAAAUCGCAGAAUCUGUUACAUCGUUUGUAAAGCACAUGUUUUUCUGUCCCUGCUCUCUACUCUGGUACCCUGUAAUGGAUACUUCCCAUAAUCCUCCCUUAAGUGAUAUACAAAACUUUUUCUCUCAUUGUUUUCUUUCUUUUUUUGAGUUAAUCUCAAAACAAAGCUUUUUUGCACAGUUGAUUUGUACUUGCGUGGUAGUUUGUGUGCCUUCAAGGAAGAAAACAAAACAGAAUCCUGCUAUUUUUACUGCUAAAGCCUUCUGUCUCUAGAUUCAGGAAUAAUCGUUUCAUAGAUCUAUACAAAUCCUAAAUAUACUGCUGCGUUUUUCGAUCAGCUGACUCUAUAUCAGUUAUUGCAUUUCAAAUGUACAACUGGUGUUUCCAUGGAUGUUAGCCCCAUGUUGUCCCUAAUGGUUGCAUGCCCCCACGCUCCCAUUUGUCAAUGGUACUGUAAAGUGACAAUGAUUAGAGAGCCUAGCCCUUGUAUGCUGUGCCACAUUACAAUCCUGAGGUGAAAUGGGAAGCUCGAGCUACAGUGAAGAUGAUAGGAGAACGUCUCUCUGUUUUAGUAUAUAGUCAUGGAAGAGGAACAGUGCUUUUCUGGCUGUCUCGGGUGGCACCUCGCUGCACAUGAGGUGCUCCUUUACCCUUCACACCAGUCGUUUGCUUUUCCAUCUCUCUAAGCGCUUGUGCCUCUUUCUUUUAUGGCCUCAUCAAAAGAACAUAAACAAGAUACCCCAGUGGUGGAUAGUUAAGCUGGUGGUGGGAAGACUUGUUACCAGGUUAUUGUCAUCAUAGUUAUGCUAUCAUUUAAAGGGAUAUUUUGGCAAUGAGGCAAUUUAUCUACUUCCCCAGUGUCGGAUGAACUCGUGGAUACUAUUUUUAUGCCUUUGCGUUUAGUAUGAAGAAAGUUCAAGGUAGUUUCACAAGCCAAUGCUAACUAGUGUUAGCACUCUGACUGGAAGUCUAUGGGUAUCUGCUAGCAUGCUAUGCCCUUUAAGGAAGGAUUUUAGGUUUGUUGUCUGUAUUGGCAUUUGAACUUUAUCCAACUUUUAGCUCAAACAGUUGAUCAAUGACUGCUGGGAAUAUAUUUGUUAACCUUUAUGCAAACUUGAGUAUUUCUCUCAACUUACAAUGUAUGUGCAAUGCAAAAUAGACCUCGUACCUUUUGAUUCUCCCCUUAUUUAAUAAAUACAGUAGCAUUAGCUAUGACUAUGUAAAGGUUCUCAGAAACACAACAUAGGAGCCUGCUAUGUUCAGAUUGCUUUGUUGUUGUACAAUCAACCUUUGAUCUUGUUCAGAGUUUCAUAUUGCCUUCAUCUCUGUUUUGAAAUGUUGUCCCAUCUAUAAAAGUGUUCAAAUGGCCACUUUUCUUUUAAUGGGAUGUCCUCACUAUAACAAUCAUGUACCUUGCGUGAAUUGGCUUGGCCCUUGUCCCCCCCCCACUUUGUGUGACGGUUAGCACAUCCAUUUGUGCUCAGAAAAAUACCUAACUUUGCAAUAGGGCCUUUUUUUCCGUCUUCCACCUCUUCUGUGUAAAACAGCAGAGACCCAUGUUCUGUUAUCUGUGUUGCUUCAUCUUGUCUCAAUCCGUCCUUGCAGAAUGUGGCUCAAAUGUUUGCUUCAUCUAGGUUCAUUUAGUGCUCUGAGAGGUAACGAGAUACGUCGGGUCUAACAUCAAUGUACAGUCCCUACAUCGGACAGCACAAAAAUAGAAACCUCAAUGUAAUCUAUGUGAGAGAGCUGCACGAUGUUGCCAGUAAGGACAAAUCUGAUACCACCGAGCAAUGACAUCACACAAGGGCUGUGGUUCGAUCCAGGCCAGGGGAGCAGGAGAGAGAGAGACUUCUCUGCUCUUCCUUCAGUUUUCUGAGGCCUGUGAACCUCUCAUCACAGUAGUUGGGAGAGAUUUCAAGUCUAGGAAAGAUCCCUUAUGCAGGCAAUUAAUCCGACACGCUUUCUGUUUUAGUAAGAAUGUACAAGUAUGUUUUGUCUGCAUGAUACUUGUUUGAUCAUAUGGGGGUCAGAUCAGGAGUUUCAUUUGUAUGUUUCUGUGAAGUCAUAUAUUAGUCAUGGCACACAGGUGGACUCAGUCAUGCAGUAGACUAAAGCUGGUAAUAUGGCCAUGGAUAUUUAUUUGAGGUAUUUUGUGGGUUACUUUAGGACACCAUGUACACUGCUUUAUGUUCCUCUCGGACCUCAGAUACCAAUAAGCCAUUGCAUUUUAAUCAAGCAUUUUCACCAUGGUGGAUCAAGAGGCCUUGCUCAAAGCAGAAACAUGCAAAUUGUGUUUUUGUUGAUGUCCACAAGGAUGUAUAAAGAUAUAUAUAUAUAUAUAUUUAGUCAUUUGGAAAAAUAUAAGUGAUUAUUAUAUGAGAUUUCUGAUAAUUAAAAAUGCUUACAACAA